AUGGAAUUCAAUGUUGGGGAUCAAGUAUUACUUAAAGUAUCUCCAUGGAAAGGGGUUGUUCGAUUCGGUAAAAAGGGUAAACUUGCCCCUCGUUACGUUGGACCUUUCAAAAUCCUCGAACGAGUUGGCAAGGUAGCGUAUUUGCUGGAUCUACCGCAGGAACUGAGUAACGUUCAUCCGACAUUUCACGUUUCAAAUCUCAAGAAAUGUCUAGCUGUUAAAGGACUUCAUGGCCCAGUCGACGACUUGCAAGUCAACGAUACGCUUCCUUUCGUGGAAAGCCCAGUUGAAAUUGUGGAUCAAGGUACCAAGCAGCUCAGACGCAGCAAAAUUCGCAUUGUAAAAGUGCGAUGGGAAGGCAAGCGUGGUGCUGAGUUUACUUGGGAACUCAAAAGUGACAUGAUGGCAAAGUAUCCACAUCUCUUCGAUCAGUCUUCUUCUUAA